GGCCAAAAAGUAGGCCGAAGACGCCAAACUGCAAAGCAGGACCAUUUUUUCCCCAAACCCAACAGUGACUCAGUGACACACAAACACUCUCUCUACCACCUCGUUUCUGUCUCCGCACUAAUCCCCAGAGCUGUCUUGGCUCCCCUCUCCGCUCGAUUUUGGCUAUCAUAACUACUGCAACAUUGGAUACCAGGCCGUAUCGGGUUUCGAAAAACGAUUUCAGUGAUUAGGGGAGACUGGGAGAGUGAUUAUUGUUCUGUGCUUAAUCAACUGAUUAGUAGUUCAGGUAUGAGAGUUCUGCCGCUUUACCCUGUUUGUUGAUUUCAUAUUAGAGAAUGAACAAUAUGUUUCUUGUUGUUAAUGUGUUGUGGAAGUCGAAUUGCCUUUGUUAUUUGUUAUUUUGGUCAAGUUCACAUUAAUAUCAGUGUUCUUUUUGAUAUAGAUCGUAGUGGUAAAGAUAUUGUGGGGUUUGUUCUGGUUGUUCAUAGGAUAGAGAAAAUGGUCAAUAGUGGUGGUACUGGCAGCAACCAAGGGAUGUCUUCAGAGAAGAGACGAGAGAAAAUUAAACCAAUAGCUCUUUGUGUUACAAAGAGAAAGCCUGCUGAAGCUUCUCCAGUUAGUGUAAGUAAACAUGUGAGUGAAGUAGCUCCGGAGAUAUCUAGAAAACGGAGUGAACCUGAAGCGAUAGAGGUUACCAUGGUUCAGCCUAAGGAAGAAGUGGAAGCGGGAGCCAUUGAAGGUAGAGAUUGGGAUGAUCCCAUUGCAUGUCAGCUUGAAAAACUAUUGGUGUCUUAUUUGCAAGCGAUUUUUCAGAGUGCAAUCAAGCGGAUUACUGAAUCUGGGUACAGUGAGGAGGUUGCUGUGAAGGCUGUAUCUAGAGGCGGCCUUUACAUAGGUGGUAAAGACUCUGUACUGAACAUUGUAAAUGAUACUCUGGAAUUUCUUAAGGGAGGGAAGGAUACCGAUGCUUCAAGAGAAAAUGAAUUUGAUAAUUUACAGCACUUGGUGGAGUACACAAUGGUAGAAAUGAUCAGUGUGCUUAGGGAGGUCAGACCAUCCUUAUCAGUUGCGGAAGCAAUGUGGUGGUUAUUGAUAUGUGACCUCAACAUUUUGCUUGCCUGUACAAUGGAAGGAGAUCUGUCUAGUGUUCUUGCUUUUGAAGAAGCCUCAACAGAGAGCUUUGCUGAUUCCUUCUCUUCCGAAUUAAAAUCAGAGGCAACUACUGAAACAAGCCAUCUUAAUCCGAGCGAAGAAAAUUCCUCCAAGCCAUCACUUCCUAAGUCUCAAAGCCAGCCAUCUUUUUCUGAAACAGAUAAGUAUGGAAGUGUCCCAAACUCUGCCAACCCUGAAACGCCAGAGGGCAAGGAAGAGAGUUUGUCAUCUAUGUUAGAUAGUUUGGAGAGAAGCUUAGGACCCAUAAGGGAUUAUGUCCUUUCUUCAUCUCAAAAAUCUGCCUCUGAAGAAAAAUCAGGAGCUAUAAGAAAGGUGAGAACCAAGGCAGAAUUAGCAGCACUUCGGAAGAGAUCCUUGCAGAUGGAGAGAAAUUACAGGGCUUAUAGGUCAAAAGGAGGCUUCAAAUCGGGGAAGCUUGCUGCAUUUGGUAGUUUUGUUAUGGAAAAGAGGUCGAAGCCUCCAUCUGAUCAUCCUGGACUGCACACAAAAGAUUCCUCCUCAAAGGUAACUGUUCCAGGUGGAACCAGUAAUCCAUCUGCUUUACCUGCAGGAGGUGGCUCGUCAACAGUACCUUCAAAAGGUACCACAUCUUCAGUGUCUUCUGUGGAUACAAAACAGAAGCAGAACUCUGAUUCUGAAGAAAAAUCUGAAACUGAGACUCCAGUUUGCACCUCUGUUCCCUGCAAGACUAUUAAUUACUGUGCUGGCAUCCCAUAUGAUAAGACUUUAGGGAAGUAUGUCCCGCAAGAUAGGAAGGAUGAGCUGAUUUUAGAGCUAGUUCCCCGGCUGCAGAAGCUGCAGAAUGAGCUACAAAGUUGGACAAACUGGGCAAAUGAGAAGGUUAUGCAGGUUUCUCGUAGACUUGGCAAAGAACGACCUGAACUCAAAGCACUGAGGCAAGAGAAAGAAGAAGCAGGGAAAUUUGAAAAGGAGAAACAAAUGCUGGACGAGAAUACCAUGAAGAGGCUGUCUGAGAUGGAGUAUGCAUUGAAUAAUACCUCCAGCCAGGUUGAGAUCGCUAACUCAACAAUCUCUAAGCUUCAGGUGAACAAUUCCACUCUCAAAAAGCAGUUGAGUUCUGCCAAAAUAAUGGUUAUGGAAUCAGCUGCUAAUCUUCAGGAAGCAUUAGAGAGGGAGAAGAAAGCACUGAAAAAUGUCCAGGUAUGGGAGGGGCAGAAAGGUUCAUUGCAGGAGGAGCUUGUAACAAAAAAGAACAAGGUGGCUGCACUGCAACAGGAUUUAGGCAAGGCGAAAAAUGUUCUUCAUCAAAUUGAGGCCAGGUGGAAGCGGGAGAUAACAGAAAAGGAAACAAUUGUUGCACAGGCUGACACCAUGAGAAAUGAAAGAGAACAACGUGAAGCUUUGACAUUAGUGGAGGAGACCAAGAUCAAACACAAGGCAGAAAACGAUUUGCAGAAGUACAUGGAAAAGAUCAAAUUACUUGAGAGCAAGUUAUCUGAAUUUCAAAUAAACUCCGACUCCAGAAGAGUAGCAGCGUUAAGAAGGGAUGCUGCUGGAAGCUUUGGGGAUUGCCUGUCAGACAAAAAAAUUGUGACGGCUACCAAGGGCAAGGGAAACCAAAGUUCUACUGCCUCUAAGAAGUUGACAAAUUCCGAUGGGACUAAAAGUUUGAGACAGGACCGGGAGUGUGUGAUGUGCCUAUCUGAGGAGAUGUCAGUGGUAUUCCUCCCGUGCGCACAUCAGGUGGUCUGUGAAAAAUGCAAUGAGCUGCAUCUGAAACAAGGAAUGAAGGACUGUCCUUCAUGCAGGGCUGUGAUUCAGCGCAGGAUCAAAGUGCAGUAUGCACGUCCAUAGUGUGUAAACCGCACUCAAAAUCGGAACUGUUUACUGUGGGCAAAUAUUGAAGUUUAGCUUAACUCAAUUAUCUAGAUGGCUUUUGUUAUCUGGGUCUUAAAGUUCAUUCAGGAAGGAUAAGUCGGGAAGUAGACACAGUUAGUAGAGAUCAUAGGCUUUUGUAAAGUGCAAGCUGACCUCUUACAUGGAUGAAAGAGUUGAAGUUCCGCCUU